AUUUAAGGUUUUCCAUUGUGCCACUAAUCCGACAAAGUAAAAGUGAUUUGGUAACUAAAAAACUUGGUGGGUUUGCUAGCUAGGGUUUGUGAGUGAGUAAAGCCAGGGAAACAAUGGCGACAAGGGGGAUGAUGAUAGCAGAACUGGAGAAGAUGAGCGUGGAGCAGCUAAAAGCAAUCAAAGAACAAAGCGAUCAAGAAGUCAAUCUUCUUCAAGACAGCCUCAACAACAUCCGUACCGCCACUACUCGUCUCGAUCUCGCUUCUACAGCUCUUAAUGAUCUAUCUCUCCGACCUCCAGGGAAGAAAAUGCUGGUCCCGUUGACGGCUUCUCUUUAUGUUCCUGGAACCCUAGAUGAUGCCCAAAAAGUUCUGGUUGAUGUUGGUACUGGUUAUUUUAUUGAGAAAACAAUGGAGGAAGGGAAGGACUACUGCGAACGUAAAAUCAACUUGCUGAAAUCAAACUAUGACCAACUUUUGGAGGUGACAAGCAAGAAGAAAAGCAUAGCAGAUGAGGCAGCACUGGUGUUGCAAGGCAAACUGAAACAACUGGCCAGUCCAUCAUAGAUGUAUUCAUGGCAUCUUGUAAUGGUUUUUUUCUGUGUUUUAGCCCUUUUAAUUGUUUUUUUUUUUUUUAACUCAAGUUUGUUCUUGCUUGCAAUAUUCUUAUAAACAAACAUGUCCUUUUUUUAGAGAAUAGUAAUCAACUUUUUCUUUAGUGUUCCAAUCA